GACCCUCCUCGGCGCUGGCUGCGCUGGGCGCCGCUGCCCGCACACCCGCCGCCGGCCGGGCCGAGCCGAGCCGGGCGCCCCCCUGCCCGCCGCCCCUCCCGCGCCGCUCCCCGCCUGGCCGGCCCGGCGCGCCUGACGUGGACCAUUAAACUUGGAGCUGCCGCCUCGGCCCCUCUCUCCUCCGCCUCCCUCUGACAGCCGGGCGAGCGGGCGGCUCGGUGCAGGCAGGAGACGCGCCGCCGGGGCUGGGCUGCCCGGGGGGGAGAUGAGUCCUCGCCGGGAGGGCGCCUCUGGGAAGAAGACCGCGGGCGAAGCAAAGUUGCAGGGCAGCUGAGGAGCUCGGCCGCAGCCCUUCCAGCCCCGCUCACCCCAGGCUAUGGCGGGCCGACUCUAAAAUGAAUCCCGAUCUGGACACCGGCCACAACACAUCAGCACCUGCCCACUGGGGAGAGUUGAAAAAUGCCAACUUCACUGGCCCCAACCAGACCUCGAGCAACUCCACACUGCCCCAGCUGGACAUCACCAGGGCCAUCUCCGUGGGCCUGGUGCUGGGCGCCUUCAUCCUCUUUGCCAUCGUGGGCAACAUCGUGGUCAUCCUGUCGGUGGCCUGCAACCGUCACCUGCGGACGCCCACCAACUACUUCAUCGUCAACCUGGCCAUUGCCGACCUGCUGCUGAGUUUCACCGUGCUGCCCUUCUCGGCGGCCCUGGAAGUGCUCGGCUACUGGGUGCUGGGACGGGUCUUCUGUGACAUCUGGGCCGCCGUGGACGUCCUGUGCUGCACGGCCUCCAUUCUGAGCCUGUGCGCCAUCUCUAUCGAUCGCUACAUUGGGGUGCGCUACUCUCUGCAGUACCCCACGCUGGUCACCCGGAGGAAGGCCAUCUUGGCGCUCCUCAGCGUCUGGGUCUUGUCCACAGUCAUCUCCAUCGGGCCUCUCCUUGGGUGGAAGGAGCCCGCGCCCAAUGAUGACAAAGAAUGUGGGGUCACUGAAGAACCUUUCUACGCCCUCUUCUCCUCCCUGGGCUCCUUCUACAUCCCUCUGGCGGUCAUUCUGGUCAUGUACUGUCGCGUGUACAUCGUUGCCAAGAGGACCACCAAGAACCUGGAGGCCGGAGUCAUGAAGGAGAUGUCCAACUCCAAGGAGCUGACCCUGAGGAUCCACUCCAAGAACUUUCAUGAGGACACCCUCAGCAGUACCAAGGCCAAGGGCCACAACCCCAGGAGUUCCAUAGCUGUCAAACUUUUUAAGUUCUCCAGGGAAAAGAAAGCAGCCAAGACCUUGGGCAUUGUGGUCGGUAUGUUCAUCUUGUGCUGGCUACCCUUCUUCAUCGCUCUGCCGCUUGGCUCCCUGUUCUCCACCCUGAAGCCCCCCGACGCCGUGUUCAAGGUGGUGUUCUGGCUGGGCUACUUCAACAGCUGCCUCAACCCCAUCAUCUACCCGUGCUCCAGCAAGGAGUUCAAGCGCGCCUUCGUGCGCAUCCUCGGGUGCCAGUGCCGCGGCCGCCGCCGCCGCCGCCGCCGCCGUCGCCUGGGCGGCUGCGCCUACACCUACCGGCCGUGGACGCGCGGCGGCUCGCUGGAGCGCUCGCAGUCGCGCAAGGACUCGCUGGACGACAGCGGCAGCUGCCUGAGCGGCAGCCAGCGGACCCUGCCCUCGGCCUCGCCGAGCCCCGGCUACCUGGGCCGCGGCGCGCCGCCGCCCGUCGAGCUGUGCGCCUUCCCCGAGUGGAAGGCGCCCGGCGCGCUCCUGAGCCUGCCGGCGCCCGAGCCCCCCGGCCGCCGCGGCCGCCACGAUUCGGGCCCGCUCUUCACCUUCAAGCUCCUGUCGGACCCCGAGAGCCCCGGGACCGACGGCGGCGCCAGCAACGGCGGCUGCGAGGCGGCGACCGACGUGGCUAACGGGCAGCCGGGCUUCAAAACCAACAUGCCCCUGGCGCCCGGGCAGUUCUAGAGCCCCCGGGGGGGUUGGUGGGGAGGAAACCAU